AUUGGUGACGAAGGACGUAGGUUACUGUUGUUUGUGUGCGAAGUAAGCGUGUUAUUUGAAGUGACAGUGAUCAAUUGAAGUUGUGAGGGGGAUCAACAUUGCAAGUGGCAUACCGGUAACAGGUUUCACCUCAGUGGUUUAUACAGCCAGUUACAUUAUGAAUGUUGCGUCUCCUUUGGGUAACAUGAAAACGAUGUGUUAAAAACGCCGCCCGAGAGUGACAUUGUGCGGUUGGCAGCAGUAAGCUGAAAUGAAAGAAGGCGGGGUUUCAUGCGCUUUGGGAAGUACAGAUUUCUUCAGCGACGAGAGUUGACACAUUCGCAACAUAGCGUUAUAAGUUCAGAGUUGUCUUGCUUGUGAAACUGGAUCUGGCUUUUUACAAGCAUGUAAACAUUCCUACGGUCAUCAACUGCUAGUGGACAAAUUUUGCCAACAUUUUCAAUUUGCAAGUGCAUGCUAUAGAAGUUACAAUGCACUGCCUGCCUGUAGUUGACGUUAGUAGACCUGACACAGUGCAACUGUCAGGAAACACAACAAUGAAAGCAAUGAAAGCCAUCUACAACUGGACAGUAUCUGGCUUUGAUAUUUGUCCAGAGGACACUGAAAAUAUUAGAUCUCCUGUAUUCGCUCAUCCAAAUUUGAGUAAAUGGUGCCUGGAACUCGAAAAGGACGAAGGCAGCCCGAUGCUGUGCUUCCGUCUUGUUGAUAGCAAUGAUUCUCUGCCUGUGAGUGCAACCCUAAAAGCUUUUGUGUUGGAUCGGAAUGGUGUAAGACACUAUGUGUUUCCUCCUGAUGUCCACCAUCUUAAAAUACAGGAGAAAUCUUCUCUGCAGUCUGUAAUUGACAAAAUUGACACAAAAGAGCUGGGCGAGGACUGGAAUUUCGAAUGUGAAGUGUCCACUGUAGAAGUGGUAGCUGAGGACACCAGUGAUGCGUCAGAGGAAGAGUUGCAGUUUGCCAUGGCCAAGGAUCUUGGGCGCUUGCUGGACUCCAAAGACCUUGCAGACAUCAAGCUGACUGCCGGAGGUGUCCACCUGGAGGCACACAGGGCGAUACUGUGUGCGCGCAGCCCAGUUUUCCGAGCCAUGCUGAGUCACGACACGAAGGAGGCUCGGGAAGGUCUUGUGGAGAUACCGGAUGUGGAACCGGAAGUGGUGUCAGAGUUGUUGCACUAUAUGUACACUGACAUAGUGCAUGUACCAAGUGACAUGACAGAGGAGCUCUUGGUUGCCUCUGACAAAUACGGGCUCCAAGAUGCCAAGUUGAAGUACGAGCUGGAGCUAGCGAGGCAGCUUACGGUAGAUACUGCUGCUACUAUUGCUGUCUAUGCUGUUGUUCACUCCUGCAGCUUUUUGCAGGACGUGUGUAUGGCUUUCAUUACACAGAAUCUUCAGCAGGUGGUGGGGACCAAAGGCUGGGCAAACAUCAUUGACAAACACCCUAAGGCUGUGAAGAUGAUCAGUGAAUUGGUCACCAAAGGAUCAGAAAGGUGCACCUCACCAGCUGCUACACCUGGUUCACAAUCAGAUCCCGCCACUGUGAAUUCAACAGCUGCAGAGCCCAUGUCAGGAUACCUCACUCCCACAACAAAUGGUGGGUGUCUGGACACUGUGUGUGACUCGGGCUACACACGCUGCAUAAGAAAGAAAGUGAUCUAUGUCUGGACUGUGUCUGGUCUAACGAAUUGGCCUGAAGGCAGAGAUUAUGUCGCAUCGCCACACUUCUACCAUCCUGAGACACUUCAGUGGGAGGUAAAACUCUACAAAUGUGGAACAGAGUAUGAUGUGCGCUUCCAGCUGUUGGAAAAUAAGGCUGGUGGGAGUGUAGCAGUGGAUUUGAGUGUUUCUGUAAUUCCUCCAGUAGGAGAGAAAUGCAGAAUCCAUACAUCAACAGGCUGCAUGUUUGAAGAAGGAUCUGAGUCGGAGAAAAUUGAAUGUGGAUACUUAGUAGAUGACACAUUGGCAUUGGAGUGUGAAAUCAGUAUUGUGUGUGUCGUGCAGCAGUGUGUAGUAGCAGUUAAGCCAAUGCUGCAAUCUGGUCUCAUACAGGAUCUGCAUUCCCUACUAGAGUCAGGAAAUUUUGCAGAUUUUAAAUUAUGUGUGGGAACCAUUGAGAUGGGGGUGCACAGAGCGAUACUGGUGGCCCGUAGCCCCUUUUUUGCCCGUAUGCUGCAGCCGGGCUCCGAGUUGUUAAAGAGUGGCCAGUUGGAGGUGUCGAAUAUGAAGCCAACCGUGUUGGCUGAGGUUCUGCGGUAUAUGUACACCGGGAGAGUAACAAAUUUAUGUGACUCCACAGGGGAACUACUGGCAGCAGCUCACAGGUUUGAACUGUGUGACCUGAAGAGAAAAUGCCUGACAUAUUUGUCUCGGCAGCUCGCUUUGGGUAAUGCUGUCACUACAGCUGUGUGUGCCCUGGACAGCAAUUGUGACGCAUUGCUAAACUUGUGUAUUGGGUUCAUCCGAUCACAUUUUAAGCAGGUGAUGGGCACUGCUGAGUGGAUUGAGGCCAUUGAUACACAUCCGACAGCUCUCAAGAGAAUUAGUCAACUGAUAGCUGAACCUGGAAAGUAGACACUGGCAUUAUGAAUGUUUUGAAUACACUGUAUGUCUGAGUGCAUGUUUUUUUUUCCCCUGGUUAUACUGUAUCUGCCAGAACUAGAGCAUAUGCCAUAUUGCUUAAAUAGUGUUCAUCAUCGGAAUAUUCCCCCCUCAGCCCCUGCCUUCCUCUUUUUUAAUGAUCUAUAAGGAACAACUGAGUCACGAAUCUCAUAUUCCAGAGAAUGUCCCAGAAAUGAGGAAACAGUCAAGUUCAGUGUUUCAGACGGGAAGAAGUACACAGUAUUGUUGAAUAAAGCCUUGAAAACUGUGAAUUUGUGUAGUAAUUUGGUAUGUUGGACCGAAUUAGUACCAUGAAAAAUGUUCCUGUUGCUGCUGUCAUCAAGAUGAAUAUUUGUAAGACGAAUUUGCUUGAAAAUAAUUUUGCUGUUGAUUUGACAAAAAAGAUAUUCUCAGAUUGCCAGUUUUUAAUUGAGUUGCAUUUUAACACUACAAAGUUUAUGAACUUUUAAUCAUAGUUUUUGUUUAUUUCUUUUUAAAAAAAGAAAACUGCAUAUUUUGUCAGUUGUAAUAUAUGUUCAUAAUGCUUUUAUAUUCUGUUGUAACAACAGCUAUAAUAUUAUACCC